UAGCAAACAUAGGGCAUCCGAAGAAGAUACACUAAGCUCUCUCUCUCUCUCUCUCUCUCUCCACAUAGACUUCAAGAAUCAAAAUAUUUAAGCAUAAUAAUUUAAAUAUUCUGUUGUUUUGUGUUUUUUCUUUCUUUCUUUCUGUUUGCAGAAAUGGAUGAAGCUUCUGUACUGGAAAAUGCUAUAAGGUAUUUCACAUACCUCCAAGGACAAGUGGAUUUACUUGAGGAACAAGAAAGAAAGCCCACGGUACGUGUCAAGAAAUCACAGUUGGUGGUGGACGAUGACGAAUCAUCGUGGAAUGAGCAGCAGUCGCCCCCAUCAAUCGAGGCUCAAGUUUGUGACAAACAUGUUCUUCUCAGAAUCCGUUGUGAGAAACGUAAAGGGGUUUUGGUGAAAAUUCUUUGCGAAGUAGAGAAGCUUAAUUUGGGUUUUGUUCACACAUGUGUGGUGCCAUUUGGAAGUUCAUCCUAUGAUAUUAUCAUUGUUGCAGAGAACGAGGAAGAAUUCAGUUUGGCAGUGAAAGAAAUUGUACAAAAUAUUUAUGCCGUUCUCCAGCGUGCUGUCUAGGGAGAAACGGGAGCUGGCAAUGUGUGUACUCGUUGGGCUAAAUGGAUUUGGGCGUCGACCGUUAGAUACAACUAUAAAUCUGAUAAAUAUUUUAAUCUUAUCUUAUAUCUUACUGUAAUCAUCUCUUUAGUAUCCUUAUCUUUAAGAGAAAUUACCCUUCUCAAUAUAGAUUUUCGUGAGUCUAUGCUCAUGCUUGGUGGGAAUUAAAUCAACUUUUUAGUAAA